UCUGCACUUCGCGGUACUACUCGUCACCUCCCCCUCCCUCCCCCCCCCCCCUCUCUCUCUCUGAGUCUCUUCCUACAUUUUCCUUUCAUAGCACCCACCCACACACUCUCGUUCUUCAAGUUCAAGCCCCGUCCUCUCAUUCUCUCACUCCUGUUUGCCCUUUUUUCACUCUGUUUUGCUCUUGCAUUCUCUCAGUAUGCCACUCCCUACAUCCUGAGUCGACAUCGAAUCCAUUAACCCUUCAUCUAGAUCUGAACUCACUCCGCCAGAUCCAACCUCUCUCUGGAAUUCAGCAAUGGAGCAAGUGCUGGAGCUUGCGCGCUCCAAGGACACUAAGGAGAGGAUGGCCGGUGUGGAGCGCCUUUAUCAACUAUUGGAAGCUUCGAGAAAGAGCCUUACUUUAUCUGAGGUUACUUCCCUUGUUGACUGUUGCUUGGAUCUUUUGAAAGAUAACAACUUCAGGGUCUCUGAGGGUGCUCUUCAAGCUUUGGCCUCUGCCGCCGUUCUAUCCGGCGAUCAUUUCAAACUUCAUUUCGAUGCGCUUUUUCCCGCCGUCGUUGACCGCCUAGGCGAUGGCAAACAGCCAGUUCGUGACGCCGCUAGAAGACUCUUGCUAACUCUUAUGGAGGUUUCUUCCCCUACAAUAAUUGUUGAAAGAGCAGGAUUCUUUGCUUGGACACACAGAAGCUGGAGAGUUAGAGAGGAGUUUGCUCGAACGGUCACAUCUGCAAUUGGUCUAUUUGCAUCAAUUGAGCUUACCCUUCAACGUGCUAUUCUUCCUUCAGUUUUGCAGUUGCUAAAUGAUCCAAAUCCUGGUGUUAGGGAAGCAGCUAUUUUGUGCAUUGAGGAGAUGUAUGCACAAGCUGGUCCUCAAUUUCGUGAUGAACUUCAGCGCCACAACCUUCCUUCUUCUUUGGUGAAAGAUAUUAAUGCUAGGCUAGAGGGCAUUCAACCAAAAGUACAUUCCUCUGAUGGCAUACCCAGUGGCUUUGUUGCUGGAGAAAUUAAACCUUUAAGCCUUACUUCCAAGAAAAGCAGCCCAAAAACCAAGAGUUCAUCAAGGGAAAACUCCAUUUUUGCAGGAAACGUCGAUGUCACAGAGAAACCCAUAGAUUCUAUCAAGGUGUACUCAGAGAAGGAGCUAAUCAGGGAAAUUGAUAAGAUUGCAUCUACCCUUGUACCAGAAAAGGACUGGUCAAUUCGUAUUGCUGCUAUGCAGAGAGUUGAAGGUCUUAUUUUGGGAGGUGCUUCUAACUAUCCAUGUUUUCGAGGACUCCUGAAGCAACUUAUGGGGCCUUUAAGCACUCAAUUAUCAGAUCGAAGGUCUAGCAUUGUGAAGCAGGCUUGCCAUUUAUUAUGCUUUUUGUCAAAAGAACUCCUAGGUGAUUUUGAAGUUUGUGCUGAAAUGUUCAUACCUAUCCUUUUUAAGCUUGUUGUGAUCACUGUACUGGUAAUUGCUGAGUCUGCAGAUAACUGCAUAAAGACGAUGUUGCGUAACUGCAAAGUUGCCCGGGUGCUUCCUUGUAUAGCUGAUAGUGCAAAAAAGGAUCGCAGUGCAGUACUUCGUGCAAGGUGUUGUGAGUAUGCUCUUUUGAUAUUGGAGCAAUGGCCUGAUGAACCAGAAAUACAGCGAUCAGCUGAUUUAUAUGAGGAUCUGAUAAGGUGUUGUGUUUCAGACGCAAUGAGUGAGGUACGGUCUACUGCACGGAUGUGUUAUAGACUAUUUGCAAAAACAUGGCCUGAACGUUCCCGUCGCCUAUUUUCAUCCUUUGAUCCAGUUAUUCAGAGGUUAAUAAAUGAAGAGGAUGGAGGAGUUCAUAGGCGCCAUGCUUCACCUUCCAUUCGUGACAGAGGUGCACUGGCGUCAUUAACUACCCAGACAUCUGCUUCUUCUAAGCUACCUGGAUAUGGAACUUCUGCUAUUGUCGCCAUGGACAGGAGUUCAAGUUUAUCCUCAGGGAUAUCUGUCUCGUCUGGUUUACUUCUUUCCCAGGCAAAAUCACUUGGUAAAGGAGCAGAACGUAGUUUGGAAAGUGUGUUACAUUCUAGCAAACAGAAGGUCACUGCAAUUGAAAGCAUGCUCAGAGGCUUGGAUUUGUCUAAUAAGCAUAAUUCUGCUCUCCGGUCAUCCAGUUUGGAUCUAGGAGUUGACCCUCCAUCAUCUCGUGAUCCUCCAUUCCCUGCUGCUGUCCCAGCAUCUAAUAAUCUGACCAACUCUUAUACAACAGAAUCAAUUGUAUCUGGUGUCAAUAAAGGUAGUAACCGAAAUGGUGGCUUGGGUCUGUCUGACAUAAUUUCACAAAUUCAAGCUUCCAAAAACUCCAGUAAGGUAUCAUAUAAUGGUAAUGCUAGCAUUGAGCCUUCAUCAACAAUUCCAUCAUACUCUAGUAAAAGGGCUUUUGAAAGAUCACAAGAAAGAAAUUCCAUUGAUGACAAUGGCGACAAUAGGGAGGCAAGGUGGGCUAUGAACCACCGGAUUGAUAGGCAGUAUUUGGAUGCUCCUUUUAGAGAAGAAAGCUUUAGGGUUUCACAGAAUAGUUAUGUGCCUAGUUUCCAGAGGCCACUGGUGAGAAAGAAUGUAGCAGGGCGUAUCUCUGCUGGCCGGAGGAGAAGUUCUGAUGAUAGCCAACUUUCUCUUGGAGUGGUGUCAAAUCAUGCAGAUGGACCAGUAUCUCUCCCUGAAGCUCUGAGUGAAGGGCUUAGUUCAGGUUCUAACUGGUCUGCUAGGGUGGCUGCUUUUAAUUAUCUUCACACCCUGUUACAGCAAGGUCCAAAGGGUAUUCAGGAAGUGGUCCAGAAUUUUGAAAAGGUGAUGAAGUUGUUUUUUCAGCACUUGGACGAUCCUCACCAUAAAGUUGCUCAAGCUGCUCUUUCAACACUUGCAGAUAUUAUUCCAGCAUGCCGAAAGCCCUUUGAGAGUUACAUGGAAAGAAUAUUACCCCAUGUGUUUUCUCGGUUAAUCGACCCAAAAGAACUUGUCAGGCAAACAUGCUCAAUGACAUUGGAAGUCGUUAGCAAAACUUACAGUAUAGAUUCUCUUUUACCCGCAUUACUACGUUCACUUGAUGAGCAAAGGUCUCCUAAGGCAAAAUUGGCUGUUAUUGAGUUUGCAAUCAGUUCCUUCAGCAAGCAUUCACUGAAUCCAGAGGGUGCUGCCAAUACUGGCAUUCUGAAAUCAUGGCUUGCCAAGUUAACACCUUUGGUUCAUGACAAAAAUACAAAACUUAGAGAAGCAGCCAUUACGUGCAUUAUAUCAGUGUACUCUCACUUUGAUUCAGCUGCACUUCUGAAUUUUAUCCUUAGUUUGUCAGUUGAAGAGCAAAAUUCAUUGAGACGAGCCCUUAAACAAUAUACUCCUCGCAUAGAAGUGGACCUAAUGAGCUAUUUGCAGAGCAAGAAGGAGCGACAACGCCCUAAGUCUUCAUAUGAUCCAUCUGAGGUUGGAACAUCCUCUGAAGAUGGAUAUGUUAGUUUCUCUAGGAAAGCUAACUACCUUGGAAGGUAUUCUGCUGGUUCGCUUGAUGGUGAUGGUGGUAGGAAAUGGAGUUCCCAUGAUUCAACUCUGGUUAAAGCCAGUUUUUACCAAGCAGCCUCUGGUGAAAAUCAGGAACAUUCUUAUCAGAAUCAGGAAACUGAUUCUACUAAUGGUAUUCGUGGUUCAAAAUAUGCAGUCAAUUCAAUGGACCAAAACUUUGGCUCUCAUAAUGGUCAACUCAGACAUUCAGAUAGUAGCAUGGACUUUGAGGGUCUAUCAACUCCUCAUCUGGAUGUUAUUGGUCGGACGUCCUUAGAACAGUUGAAUUUAAAUGUAGGCUUUGGACAUGAAAAAGAUCCUUCUGAGUUGAACCUUGAUCAUCACUCAACUGAAGCUGUGAAGAAUAACUCGAAUGAUUCAGAGCCGGGCAUUCCUCAAAUUCUUCAUCUGAUAUGCUGUGGGGGUGAUGGAAGUCUCAUUUCAAGCAAGCGGACUGCACUUCAACAGUUAAUUGAAGUCUCUACAGAAAAUGAUCGUUCUAUUUGGACAAAGUUCUUCAAUCAGAUUCUGACAGUUGUGCUUGAAGUGUUGGAUGAUUCAGACUCCCCAGUUAGAGAGCUUGCCCUCUCUGUUGUAGCUGAAAUGUUAAAAAACCAGAAAGAUGCCAUGGAAGAGUCCGUUGAGAUUGUAAUUGAAAAGCUGCUUCAUGUUACAAAGGAUACUGUUCCCAAGGUCUCAAAUGAAGCUGAUCACUGCCUGACUACUGUUUUGUCUCAGUGUGAUCCAUUCAGAUGUUUAAGUGUAAUCGUCCCUUUACUGGUUACUGAAGAUGAGAAAAAUCUUGUUACUUGCAUAAAUUGCUUGACGAAGCUUGUUGGCCGGCUUUCUCGGGAGGAAUUGAUGGCUCAGUUACCCUCCUUUCUGCCUCCUCUUUUUGAUGCUUUUGGAAAUCAGAGUGCAGAUGUUCGUAAGACAGUUGUGUUCUGCCUAGUGGAUAUUUACAUCAUGCUCGGGAAAGCAUUCUUGCCAUACCUCGAAGGUCUUAAUAGCACGCAGUUGAAGUUGGUCACCAUUUAUGCAAAUCGAAUCUCACAGGCCAGGACAGGCACGCCAAUUGACGCCACCGAAUGAUUCGCAGCAUCAAGGGAAAAAAAUUUUCAGUUUCAGAUAUUGUCUUGUUUGGUUAUUGUGUAUUCCUGUAUAUCGUGUGCAUGAGUUUUACAGGUUGGUUUUGUUUUUCUUCAUUCCAUAUAUUUUUACUCCCUUUUUCCCUGCCAAUGUUGGAUUUGUAGAGUGCUGGGUGGUGGGGACGUCCUGCCCAGUAAUUGUAAUUUACAUGGAGAAAAAAUAUUCCCUUGUAUGAAAUGGCUUUGGACUUUGGAGUGAAAGUUCGUAAAAUUGAAUUCAUUUGAGUACGCGAGAGAUGAUCAA